CUUGCUCUGUUGCUUUGCGGAAACUCUUCAGCAGUGAGCAUUUAUGCAGCAAGUCCAGCUUGUCCCACCGAUGUGGAUGUGAUCUUUCUGGCUGUGGGUGAUGUGCCGGAGCCUGUGGAGUUUCUGUGGAAUUUUGGAGACUCCACAACCAUCAGAAGCACGACCAGGAACGUCACAAAAAUAUACAACACUCCCGGAAGGUAUAACAUAACAGUGGUCAUGUCUGAUGGUCACACCUCCCUCACCUCUGGAGCGUUCCCCUUACUCGUGCAAAGACCGGUGAAGCUCAACAAACUCGUCCACCGGGCGUCUGUUCUUCAGAACCACACCACCACAGUGACGUGCAGGGUCACUUCCGGCACAGACGUCGCUUUCUCUUGGAGUUUUGGAGAUGGGACGAGGAGGACGGGACAAAGCACAGAGCAGCACGUUUUCCGAAGGGCUGGAGAGUUCCAAUUAGAAGUGAUCGUGUCCAACAGAGUCAGUUCUGCCUCCCUCAGGGGCGUCAUCUUCGUCGUACAGCAGCCAUGUCAGCCUCCACCUGUCAAAAACAUGGGGCCUCACAAACUUCAGGUGAGAAGAGACGAGGUCAUCCGACUGGAAGUGACCUAUGAGGCUGAAGUUGACUGUGAGGCAUCGAAGGGCCUCCAUUACACAUGGACGUUACUCGAUUCCGCAGGACACAUUUUGCCCAUUGCAGAUGCUCACAAACAGAGUCUGGCACUGCCAUGUCAUUUUUUGCACUACGACACCUACACAGCCAUAGCCAGGGUCCAGGUUGUUGGCAGUAUGGUGUACAGUAACUACAGUGUGAGAGUUCAAGUGAUGCCCAGCCCUCCUGUGGCCGCCAUCCAUGGUGGCACCAACAUCUUCAUUAACAACAGGAACAUCACCAUGGUAACACUAGAUGGGUGGAAAUCAUACAAUCCUGACUUCCCCAUGAAUCCAGUCAGCGUAAAGUGGAUGUGUGAACCAGUCAGCUCUAUCAAGAGUUCCUGCUUCGACCGUCACGUUGCUACUUCCUCCACUGUGCUCAGCUUUCCAGUGAGCUUCCUGAAACACAACUUUGACCAGUAUCGAUUCACCCUCACCGUCCACAGUGGAGAGCGAUCAGCUUCAUCAGAGACCUUUGUCACGUUAACCCCAAAUGUAAUCGGGAAGGUAACAGUAUCGUGCCAUCAGUGCGAAGGGGACCAAGUCAACUGGGAUGAGUCUUUCUCAGUCAAAGCCUCGUGUGAAGACUGCGAGGUUCCCCCAAACCACAUCCAGUACACUUGGACUCUGUACUUGGUCAAUGCAUCCUCCGAACCUGUGUUAGAAGUCCCGUUUUGUUAUACGUUCGAUCUCAGCGCACCAUCCCCUAUGAUGGACAGUACCUCCUCACCGCCUCAUCCUCCAAAAAAGAACAUCAGCACGGUUCACAUCACUGGUUUGGCAGAACAUGCCAACAUUGACCCAGUGGGAUCAAGAGAGGAGCCCUCCAAUCAUGCCCAGGGGGAGCUCAGUCUUAUUGAGCCUUCGAACUCCUCCACGGAACAGUUGCUUCUUGUUCUUGAUGAUGGCGGCAUCGAUUUGGAUGUUGGAAGUCAGCUUCCCAUCGAUUAUGACUCCUCUGCUGACUGGGAGUUUCCCACUGUUGAGAGUACUGGACAAGAUUAUGAUGUUCCCUUCCAAAUGGCAGAGGAGGGAGACCCAGGAAUCUCAGCAGGGAGACCCACAGGUAUGGAUGGUCAGACCUUGAAUCCAAGAGAUGACUCGUCGUUUAGCCCAGCGUCACAUGACACCGAGGGAAGUCAUCUAAUGGAGUCCAGUCCAAGUCGGCAGGCGAUUCAGGAGCUGACAUUGCUCGACCUCCCUCGAGACGCGGUGGAGGCGGGGUUGUUUGCGUCCUACACCUACACAGGACUUUCCUCCCCGUUGCUCAGCUUCAGACCUUUCAGUCUGAGACCAGGGAGUAGAUACAUGCUGGAGGUCAUCGCCAAAUCUCAAAGUAGUGUUUUGGGCCGGACUCAACUAUUCUUGAGAACAAAGCCCAUUCCGAGAGGAAUGACAUGCCAGGUGCAACCAAAUAAAGGCCUGGAGUUGUACACACACUUCAGUAUCUUCUGCACCUCAGGGAGAGAGGACUUAGUGUACGAAUACAGCGUCAGUAUUGGGAGCAAACCCCCCAGGUUGUUGUACCAGGGGAGAAACUUCCAGUACUACUUCAGCCUUCCUUCUGGACACCUCAGUGAUGACUACAAAGUAACUAUUAACACAAAAAUCAGAAGCGGCAUGUACGGGUCCUCCACCAGAGUUUGCCCAGCGACUGUCCAAGUCCUGCCCAGCUUCUUCAGAGACGUUUCCUCUCUCAAUCCUGAUGUGGAGCUGUCCCAGUCAGGUCUAAAGAACCUCUCAGCGUUGGUCCUUCUUGGGAACAGUGCAGAGAUACGUAACUAUGUCAGUCUCUUGUCGGGCAUUCUCAACAGACUGAGCUUGGACAGCCAGGCUGACGAGCACUCGCAGAGACGUAUGCGCAGUGUGCUCAUUUGCACCAUGUGCAAGUUGGAGAGCAGUGACCAGGACUCGAUGGUAGACAGCAUAUGCAUUCUCAAAGAUCUUUUACAAGUUACCAGGCAGGUAACAUUAGCGAGUGCCAGACGAGUGGCCGCACAUGUUCGAGGUAUCUCCGGGCAGCUUUCUCAUCCUAGUGCACCUAUAAGGUACCGACUGGAUGAAAGGAUGCUCCACACCUUGGUCACCCUGCUAACUUACAGCCUGGAAGCUGCUGUCACUGCUGAUACUGAUGUUACACAUGAGUUGGAGUCGGACCAUCUAGCCAUCAGAGACUCAUUCGGUGGUGAUGUCCAAACCAGAACCAGAACAGAGCAGGUGGAGCAGAUUGUUGACAAUAUUUUGCAGACUGCUUCUGACCUGAUUCUGAAACACGUCUUGUUGAGCAAAAUCCAAGAGUACAGAAUCAGAGUUGGUCUCAUGUCUCUCUAUGUCACGCGCCAACACUCAUCAGUCAUCACCAGCGGCUCGGCUAUCUUUCACACACCUGCACCACUGCUCCAGUCUCUCAGAGGAGAAUGUGUGCUCCGUCUUAUUGCUGAAUUCACACACUCCCCUUGGACCUGGGCCCACCAUCCUGGCGGGGUAAGUGGACCGGUAGUGGACUUGACUCUGUAUAAAUGCAGCACGAGGAGAAAGAUCUCCGUUCGAUCUCUCGUUCAUCCGAUCAUCACAGAAGUGAAAGCAAGAGAACACAAAAAUUCUGCAGGAGAGUACAUCCUCCUGCGCAGCAACAUCAACUAUCACAGCUUCAACAUUACCCAGGAGCACUUGCAGCGGGCCAUCCAGCUGAGUGUUGUGUUCACGCUGCCACCCAACAAGACAUUCCCCAUCAUGCUGCUCUACAGGAUGUUUGCCAAGCCGACUCCCAGCAUGCAUCACCUGCGGAGGGUUCACCAGUGGGAGACCAACACCACACGCAUCACCCUGCCGCCGUCCUACCUCAAUGCUCCAGGGGUUGGCUACUUGGCGCUAUUAAAUGCCGACUUGGGGAAACCAGUCAGACACAAGCACCUCAGCAGCCGUGUCAAGUACACUCUGGCAGUGGACACCAGCCAGUGUUUGUCCUUGGACCGGCAAAAGCGAGCCUGGACCAGUCUCGGCUGCAGGACGUACCAAGCAGACGGAACGGUCAGCUGCAGUUGUCACCAAUUGAGGGCGCUGACAGUCACGCAACAGCAGAUCCAGAGCAGUCAUGACACAGCCCACCUGGACCCAUUCAUCAGUGAGUCCACAAAUGCGACUGUCCUGGUUGUCCUGGUGCUGUGUAUGUGUUUGUACGUACCAGCAUGGGUGCAAUGCAGGAGAGCUGACGUCAUCUCUGAGCAGACUCGGAGGGUCCACUACCUAAGUGACAACUGUCCAUCGGACCCACACUUCUACACAGUUACCAUCCACACUGGCCUCAGUUCUGCACACAGGAUGAGUGCAAAGGUUUACAUAGCGCUCUAUGGUGGAAAUGGCGCCUCACAAACAAGAGAACUACAUGUCCCAGGAUGCACUCUGUUUAGGAGGAACGCUCAAGAUACCUUUAUACUCAGUGCAGCAGAGAGUCUGGGUCCUGUGUCUAGGGUCCACAUCUGGCAUGACAACUCAGGACCUUCACCGCAUUUGUACCUCAAACUAGUGGAAGUGUCUGAGCAAGAGUCUUCAAGAAAGGUGAGCAGAGCUGAUGGCGAGGAGCGAACGUGGUUGUUCGUCAGCCAGUGCUGGCUGUCAGUGAGCAACGGUGACGGCCAGGUGGAGAGAAUGCUACGUGUUUGUAAUCAGUCGAUAGGCUUCACUCGGAUGUUAGGUCUGAAGCUGUGUGACUACAUGGCCGACUUCCACAUGUGGAUGUCUGUGUACAGCUGCCCCUGGCCUCACUCUUUCACACACACACAUAGACUGAGUGUGAGCCUGCUGCUGUUCACGUCGUACGCGUGUGUCAGCGCGCUGAUAACGUCACAAAUGGAUGAACCAUUGUAUUACGCAGCAGGCAUGACCGCUGUAUCAGCUGUUUCUGUGACAACUGGAGUGUUGGGUGUGGUGCUGGCAUUGCCAGUGGCAACGCUGAUAACGGUCCUAUUUCGCAAGGUGACACUGUUGAUGGAGGAGGAAGGCACACAGCUUGACCAUAAAUCUUGUGACGAUAUUGUCAUAGCGGAUGACACUGAAGCCUUCAAGAACCAUCAGGAUGUAGAGCAGCUGGCCACAAGGGAUGAGAACAAGGACAUACACAUUGAAAACCAGAAGCAGAACCAGAAAGGAGAUCUUUCCAAAGACAACCAGGCAGCCUUCAGGAGUCUUGGUGUCUUUGACAAUCUGAGAGGGAGCAAAGUGGCCUAUGUAGUCUGGGCACUGUGUCUACUUUUGUCCUUUGUCUGUCUGCUGCUCUCUGCAGUGUUGGGACUCAGAUUCAGCACCAGCAAAGUGCAACUUUGGAUCCAUUCCUUCUUUUUCUCCUUGUUGUCAUGCAUAUUGCUGAUCCAGCCCCUUUUGAUCAUUGCCAUUGCUUUGAUCGUCUCCCUUUGGAACAGGAAAAGAAGUACACACUUUCUUAGUCUUACCACAAGUGCAGCGAUUGGUAGAUUUGAAGCCAAAGAGCAGAACAUCACAAAGAACAUCACAAAGCUUCUGGAGGAGCGUCAGCGAGCCAGGUUUCUUCGUCUGGUGCGCCCACCAGCUGCUGAAGAGCUGAGGCGUGCUCGAGGACGAAGAAGAAGAGAGGCUUUUGUUCAUAAAACGAUCAGGGAUUUGUGUGUCCUUGUUGCUAUGGUCCUCUUGAUGUGGUGCAUUUCCAGUGGCAGCUCAUUUACUUACCAUUACCGCCUCAAUAAAGCUGUCAGACAACACUUUACAUGCGAUGGAUUCAUGUCCAUAAAGACGAAUGAAGACUGGUCGAAGUGGACACAGAGCGUUUUGCUUAACUUGCUCUACAAGAAUGCUUCCAUAAAGUCUGAUGUCAACCCACAAUCACACAUGUUGAUUGGUGAGCCCAUUGUGUGGAAGAAAGAGAUCUGCAGCUCAAUUCAACGCAGUGUUCAACGCAGUGAGAGAGCAUCCACUUCUGUGUGUUGCGGUGCUGUAGUUGGACUUGGCCAGACUAAGUAUGACGCCACCAACAGACUGAAGGCCUUGCAGUCUAAUGGCUGUGUGGCCCUGAAGCUCCAGUUCACCUUGUAUAGUCCUGCGCCUGACCUGUUCACCACUGUGACCCUUCUUGCUGAGAAGAACCCCAUAGGCUCCCUGCUGCCAUCUGUUGAAGUCCACUCAGUGAAGGUGUACAACACACCUUCUAUCUGGGAUUAUGUCACUGCUCUGUGCCAGGUCCUAUUCCUCUGCUUGUCUCUGCUCCAUCUAUGUUUUCAAGUCUGCACUGCAUGGCAGCAAGGCAUGAUGGGAUACUGCACAGCAUCAUGCAACUGGCUGGAUAUGACAAUCCAGAUUGUGGUUUUCGUGUACUAUUAUCAUGACAUUUACCGCUCUGUGGUGGUCAUGGAGGUGGGAGAGCUUCUCCAGAGGAACAGCUACAAAGAACAUGUGGAUGUCCGGCCCCUGGCAACGAGAGCACAACAUAUUCGCUCCCUGCUUGGUGUUGUAGUCUUCCUUCUCACCCUGAAGUGUGCCACCAUGGUGAGGGUGAACAGAAGGUCUGCAGCUGUCUCUGCCUGGACACUCCCAAACUUCUUCUUGCCUACGAUGUCAUGUUUUAUCUUGCUGGUGGUUGCAUGCUCCCUUCACAGCGGGGACAUUGGUGGUCUCCUCCAUUCUGGACCUUUUCUCAACUACCGAGCCAUCUGGCUGUUCUCCACUGCUGUGAUGAUGGCUGUCUCAUCAGGCUGUAAAAGACGUCAAAGUAGGACGGAAGCAUGCACCUUGGCUGAAUUAAGCGACUACAUCAGACGGAUGUUUUGCGAGAGAGAGGCAGUGUCUUCUGUGGAGAGCAAGACGUACUACCUGGAGGAGUGUGAAAGUUUAGUGGAUGAGCUAUUGUUCAAACUCAACAACCUGCACUGCACACUGCCCCCCAUAGGCCAUCAGGUCCACAACCUUGUAGUCCAUCAGGAGACCACCAACGUGGACUCAGAGAAUGGACAAGCACAGUGUCUGUCAGUCCUGAGUGGUGCUCUGGAAAGACAAACAAGCCAUUCGAGCAGGACAGGAGAUGGACAGAAAAGCAGUACAUGCAGGACAACCACUCAGGAUACACAUACAGAGGUUCUGGUAGAGGUUAUGGUCCACACAGAGCCUUUGGAAGCAUUGCUUGAAAUGCACAUUUGAUUGUGUGAAGCAGGGGUUUUGAAAGUGUGGCAAAGUAAGAAUAUAACACGGUUGGGGCCUUGCCUACUCACCGAAAUCCUGAUUUUUUUGGGGGUAUGUUUUGUUUACUUACUUUUAAUUUUUCUCAAGCCGCUGCACCCCUCUGCCUCACACGACAAAGCCCCCUGUUGUACUGGUGUAAAGCGAUAUACUGUACAGUAACUCUGAAUGAAUAAAUGCCCCUUCAAGACAUUUUUAUUAUGACAUUUGUUUUAUUUAGUAUCGCUUUUCACACAAUGCUAUGAAGAUGAAGAAGGAAUAAAUUGUGAAUUUCUAUCUAGAAGUAUCUAUACCUAAAUGCAACAUAUAUU